AAUUGAGAGCAAUCACUAGCUACUUGCAUUCAUCUUCAACCUAUACAUGCCUCCAGUAUAAGUUGUGAAAGUUUCUACUUCACUUAUCAUCUAUAAAUCAUUAUCAACGUGUAAAUCAAUCAAGAUGGAAGCUGUAGAUCAUAGUGAGGCUGAGAAGACGGUGAAAGAAUUUGACGAAACCAAAGCUGGUGUCAAAGGAAUUGUUGACUCUGGAGUGACCAAGAUCCCAAGAAUGUUCAUACACCCUCUAGAGGAUUUGCAACAAAACAACAUGGAUCAUGAUCUCCGAGUUCCAAUGAUUGAUCUCAAAGGCCUUGAUCAGAGCCCAGAGAGGCGAAAAGAAGUCAUCCAUCAGAUAAGCAAAGCAGCUGAAGCGUGGGGCUUCUUUCAGAUAGUGAACCAUGGAGUUCCACUUGAUGUUAUGGAGGAGGUGCUGAAAAGUGUUCGACGCUUUCACGAGCAGCCCCAUGAAGCCAAGGUGGAAUGGUACUCACGCGAUUUUACAAAAAAGGUAAACUACUUCAGCAAUGGCGAUUUGAAGGCAUCCACUCCUGCGGAUUGGAGGGACACGUUAUCCUGCAACUGCCAGUUCCUAGAAGAUGAAAGCAACUUCCAGGCGCUGCCUCGAGUAUGCAGGUUCCUCAACUUAAAUACUUCUAAAAUAUUGGUGCCUUAGUUUGUAUUCCUAUUUUGCUAGCCAAACUUUUUUGAACCAUUUUACAUGCUCUAAUUUGAACAAAUGAAAUACUAUCAUAUAUACUAUUACCGUACUAAACCAAAUUUGAUGAGUGUUGCAUAUAUAGCUGUUCAAAUUUAAGCACUAGUUUUUGUUUUACAGAUGUGAAAUUGUGGAGUACAAUAAGCAGUUGACUGUACUCCGGGAGAAACUCUCUGAAUUAUUGUCUUAAGCUUUAGGCCUAAGCAGUGACUACCUUUCAACUCUAGGGUGCUUCAAAUCAUCAACACUAUCGUGCCAUUAUUACCCAGUUUGUCCCGAGCCCCAUUUGACUUUAGGUGCAAUCAAGCACUCUGACUUCCCCUUUCUCACUUUGCUGCUUCAGGACAGUAGUGGUGGCUUCCAAGUGCUUCAUCAAAAUGUUUGGGUUAAUGUUCCUCCACUGCAGGGAGUUUUGGUAGCAAAUAUUGGCGACAUGAUGCAGAUCACUAGCAAUGA